AUGUUUUACUUGACCUUACAACUUGUGGUGAUGCCUCAGUAUCCUAUUGCACACCAUGACUCUGACUCUGAGUUAGAGUACAAUGAUUCUGAAUCGGAUAUACCAUUGUCUUAUGUGGCAGGGACUGUUGCAUCAACCACCACUCAGUCAUUGGCUUCUUUGCAGGGUGGAGACAUGGAGUCUCUCAAGAAUAAUAAUUGGACACUGGGCGAGAAGAACAAAGUAUUGGCAUCCAAUCAACGUAGACAUUCAAGCGCACAAGUUCCCAACGAGCUGAAGGCCUUUGACAUUGAGCUCUCGACCUUUUCUCGCAAAUAUGGUGUUAUUGCUGAGAUGUUCCCACCUGAGCACCGCAUUCUAAGGUUGCCAGUGCCAAACCCUCCACCUGUCAUCAUAUCUCCUAGUUGUUACUCAACCAAGGGUGCCGAAGAACUUUGCCUUGUGACAGAGGUGUAUUUGCUUCUACCAGAUCACCUCCAUCGUUUCAUACCAACUUCUCAUUUUCAAUCAUUGCUAGAGCAGCAUCUCCAAGGUGGACACUCCAGUGAGAUCAGCAAACUACGUUUGAUGGCAGGGCACAUCUUUGGUCUGGAUUCGUCCUACUUUGACCUGAGUUUCAUGAAGCAGGAUACCAUUCCUGAGAUCCAGAAGAUGCUUGGAUCAGGUAUUGCCGGUGGCCGCUCCUCACCAUCAAAGUUUCCGCCCAUCCUUUUCACAAAUCAAGAGAUGGACCCCACAAUGUCCACAGUUUUUGGUAACUAG